UUUGUCCUGCUAUGUAUGCACAGAAGUUCCAUUCAUUUCUCAGUCCUUCCCUUUUGUCCUUCAUCAUUUGCAUAUAACACGACACUCUCGGUCCGACCGUUGUUCGGUUCACCUGUUUUUCAUCACAAGUAUUACGCUGGACACCUAAAUACGGCAUCCUCAAUAUUAUCGAAGUCUCUUGAGAAUUCUAUCUCCUGGUGACCAUUUCCCUUCGAGCUUGUACUGUUCCUCUACAAUGUCGGGCAACCAGGCGAGGAUUAAUGCUCUGCUGAGGAAGUCGCUUAUCGGGGAACUUAUUGAUACCCAAUUUUACCUAUUCUCCGUUCGAUCGAAGCGCGAGGGCAACGUUACCAACCUUCAAGCAUUGUUUGCCGAUGACGAAGCCCUCACCACCGGUUCAGAGUACUUCAGUAGCUUACAUUCCGAAAAUCCGUUCAAUGAUUCUGCUGUGGUCGAAUUUCAAGACUAUCACACCUGUGAGGGAGGGAUCUCUCUCGAUGAAUAUGGCUAUGCAUCCGAUAGUGACCUCGAUGAAGAGGAGGAAGAGACUGACGAAGAUGUACAAGACAAUGAAAGGUGUGCGGAAGUCUCUGCGGAACGAGUAUCUCGAACCGCAUCAAUCAAGGACUCUACUACCAAAGGGGCGCAACGUAUCAUUCCAACCCGCAGAGUAUUGGUAAUGGAUACGGCAUUCAAUACCUGGCGGGCUUUAUUAGACUAUCUGUAUACUGACGAGAUUGUUUUCGCACCUUUGCGAUCGCAAAGCAAGUCAGCAAGACAUCACAGCCUCGGCGGGGCCCCACCAUGCUCACCGAAGUCUAUGUAUCGCCUAGCAUGUAAGAUCAAACACGAUAAAUUGCAGGCAAAAGCGCUUGCUGCGAUACGCUCUAGUCUAACGGAGCACAACGUCCUACGGGAACUUUCUUCGUCUCUAACAUCCAGGUUUCCUGCCAUUCUUGAGAUGGAAAUCGAGAUCUUAUUCCAGAACAUUGUUACUCCCACUAUCGUGAAGGACUUUCCGAUGCUUAUUCAAAGGAUUGCUAGCGCUGGCCUCCCGCAUGGGGCUGACAUCCUGACCAAACUCCACGAAAGAAUGUUAAAGCAGCACUACCCUACGAUUUUGUCUCCUGAGGCUGCACUUGCAUCUGAAAAUGAAUGCAACGGCUCGUCGCCAAGUGGUCCAUUCAAAUUCAAAUGGGAAGAGCCACAAAAACCGGUGAUGGUGUCGUUCUAAACACAUUGUAGCCAUAUGAUUCAUGUAGGCUCCCACAGUAAUAACGAGGAACUUGUUUUUAUCUAAGAA